UCUCGGUACCAUGUUCCCUGCAACAAAUGGGACGAGUCAAGAUCGAAUUGGAAUCCCACCCGAUUAGUGGAUGUGGGCGUAUCUGGCAAGUCGUCACGAGUCAGACUAUUUCAACCAGAAUCCGGCCUGGAUCCCAUCAAUUAUUUGACCCUCAGCCACAGGUGGGGGACGCAGAUUCUUUUUACUUUAACGACACUCAACAUUCGAGAAAUGACGCGACAAAUACCGCUACAACAUCUUAGCAAAACCUUCAGAGAUGCCAUCGAAAUCACCCGGAGACUAGGUAUCAGGUAUCUUUGGAUAGAUUCUCUCUGCAUUAUACAAGACUCGCCCCAAGACUGGCGAUCCGAAUCCGCUCGGAUGGGGGAUGUGUACAAGUUUGCGUACUGUAAUCUUUCUGCGACUCAAGCAAGUGGUGGGAGCUAUGACGGCUUGUAUGUCGACAGAGACCCUCUUACCGUCAAACCUCUUUUACUUUCGGCGAAAGCUUGUCAAGCAACACCAGCACUUGUCAAGAGCCAGGCUUAUUGCAUUCAUCGAGGGUUCGAAGAAUGGACUGAACUCACCAAUGCGGCACUUAACAAACGAGCAUGGGUUCUGCAAGAGCGAAUCAUGUCUCCUCGAACAUUGCACUUCUGUCGCAACCAGGUAAUAUUUGAAUGCUGCAUGGCACAGUGUUCUGAGAGGUGGCCAAGACGUUCUGCCCUUCUCCUGGGUUACAACGAUUAUUAUCACUAUCCUCUCAAGGCGGCGUGGGCAAGAUUAGACGCCCAUUCGACACCUACCACCAUGAAAUUUUGGGCAAAUAUUAUUAAACACUACCCAACCAUGGAUCUGAGUAUUGGGACUGACAGACUUAUUGCGCUUUCGGGUAUUGCAAGAUCUGUUCAAAGCCACCUCGGGAAUCAAGAAUAUGUAGCUGGAUUUUGGAGCGAUGACCUGCUGUCUCAGCUUCUGUGGCGUUGUAAAGUGCCUGCAAAAGUGGAAGAUGGUGACAGAAACGGGGGCUUCAUGGCACCUAGCUGA